AUGAACCCCCAAGCAAAACUAGUCUUCAUCGCCAGUCUCCUGCUAGGCUCCACCAUCACAAUUUCAAGCAACCAUUGAAUUAUAGCCUGAACCGGACUAGAAAUCAACACACUUGCCAUCCUACCACUAAUCUCAAAAUCCCACCACCCUCGAGCAAUCGAAGCCGCUACCAAAUACUUCCUCACCCAGGCAGCUGCUUCAGCCCUAGUACUAUUCUCCAGCAUAACCAACGCAUGGCAUACUGGACAAUGAGACAUUACCCAACUAACCCACCCAAUAUCCUGCUUAAUCCUCACCUCUGCAAUUGCAAUAAAACUAGGUCUAGUACCUUUCCAUUUCUGAUUUCCAGAAGUAUUACAAGGAUCCCCCCUCACCACAGGACUAAUCCUAUCCACAGCCAUAAAACUACCACCCUUAACACUACUCUUUAUAACCUCACAUUCCCUAAAUCCUACCCUCCUAGUCAUCCUGGCCAUUCUCUCAACAGCCCUAGGAGGGUGAAUAGGACUAAACCAAACACAAACCCGAAAAAUCUUAGCCUUCUCAUCCAUCUCUCACUUAGGAUGGAUGGCCAUCAUCAUUACAUACAACCCCAAACUUACCCUACUAAACUUCUAUCUAUAUGCACUAAUAACCGCAACCGUAUUCAUAACCCUAAACUCAAUAAAAGUCCUAAAACUAUCAACCCUAAUAACUGCAUGAACAAAAGCCCCAUCACUAAGCGCAAUCCUACUAUUAACCCUAUUAUCCCUUGCAGGACUACCUCCAAUAACAGGAUUCCUACCAAAAUGACUUAUCAUCCAAGAACUAACCAAACAAGACAUAGCCCCAACAGCCACAAUCAUCUCCCUACUAUCACUACUAGGACUAUUCUUCUACCUACGACUUGCAUACUGCGCUACCAUCACACUCCCCCCACAUACCACUAACCAUAUUAAACAAUGACACAUUAACAAACCAACAAACCCCCUAAUCGCUAUCUUAGCCUCAUUAUCUAUUACCUUACUCCCAAUCGCCCCAAUAAUCCUCACCAUUAUUUA